AUGAUGGAGGCCGGAGCCACGUUAGACACAGCGAGAAACGGUCGAUCCGGAGCAUUUGAACGGAUGGCGUCUACCAAACAACAUCUUGGGCAGGGCAGCGAUUACGAUUUGGGAAAGAAUGCUUGGAAUGCCUCAAGUCGGAUAUGGGGCACCAACAAGUCCUUUUUGGAGGCUCGCGUGGAUAGUGACCCGAUCAGACCGUCCCCGAUGCGUCAAGGCUCUGUCUCAAAUUAUGGGCAAUCCAAGCCUGCCUCGUCCUCGUUCCUGACGUCCACCGACCUCAACGAUGAGAAUGCGUCCCAGUCCAAGAUGUCCUGGGCGCCAGCUUCGUCCACUAUCGGCUUUCCGCUGAGACAAAGAGGUCAACCUCUCUCACCGACCAAGCAGAGACAGAAUCAGAUGUUGGAUUUCGGUGCCAGAGGCAAUGGUGGUGGCCUACAGGAAUCGAGCCUGUUUGCGGGUAGUGCCCCCGAUGUGGAAGAAAGUUCAUUUGAUGAACAACAUCUCCGACGCGCCAUCACAGCCGGUCCUCGGGUACUUCCUUCUCCCACGCGAGCCUCCACUUUUGGCCGUAGCCAGAUCGAUCCUCAACUUCAAGUCUUCAACUCAACCGCCUUCAACUCGAAUAGCAUCUUUGGUUCGCUCCAGGAGUUCGAGGAUGGUUCAAUUCAACCUCUGCACCAUCUACCGACUGUUAAUGGACACACCGAACAUCUAUCCCAACAAGUCAAUUACGGACCGGUCAGAGACACGAAUGGGAUGUCAAUUGGGAAUCUCUCCCGCUACAAUGCUGUCUCACCAACAUAUGCUAAGCCGAAUGGGCGACUGCUGAAUGCGGAGCACGUUGAACAAUACCACCUGCCCUCAAAACAAAAGUACGACGAGACGGUGAGAGCUUUGGAAUUGUUGGAUCUGGAUCAGGCCACUGCUCAGCCAGCACCCUCCCGGAAAAUUCCGUCACAAUACCAACGCGACACCCAUCCUCUCCCCCCAAAGACCUCUUCACAACCAAGCGCCCACUUCAAUUCGAUGGAGAGCAACUAUCAACCGCCGAUUGCGCAUGUCGCAGAUGUCGGUUCACGGUUGGAUCCCCAAGCGGCUCCACACUACGGCGGUUUUCAGUACGGUGGGCGUGGCAACCUCCCCACACUUCAAAAUGACUACCGGAGUAAUCUGAACAGUCCGUACUACUCAACCACCGGCACACCUCCCACAGGACCACAAUCCAUCCGCAGCACUCCGGGAAGCGGUGUCUCUAGCCGUACCUCGCAUCACGAUCCCUUCUUGAUUGACCGCAAGUUCACAAACAUCGACUUUUAUGGCUACGAUCCGGCCAUGUAUGCCUCAGCUUCCCUUCAGCCAACAGUGAGCAAUGGAUUUCAGUACGAUGCCCAAAUACAAGUGCAGCCGAUGCGGAUGAAUCCCCUAGCACAUCCGUAUAUUGGACAUGGGCACUCGGGAAUCAACAACUUCCCUGCAGGCCCACGGAUGGCGGUCCGCGAGCCUGAACAGAGCCAUAUUGUGAGGAGUCCCUUGCUCGAGGAAUUUCGAAUGAACAGUAAGACCAACCGCCGGUUUGAGCUCAAGGAUAUCUACAACUAUGUGGUCGAGUUCAGCGGUGACCAGCAUGGCUCGCGCUUCAUCCAGCAGAAAUUGGAGACCGCCAAUAGUGACGAGAAAGAGCAGAUUUUCAAGGAGAUACAGCCAAACUUGCUGCAGCUUAUGACGGACGUAUUUGGGAACUAUGUGAUUCAGAAAAUGUUCGAGCAUGGCAAUCAGACGCAGAAGAAAAUCUUGGCCCAUCAGAUGAAGGGCCAUGUCUUGCACUUGUCGAUGCAGAUGUACGGAUGUCGUGUGGUUCAGAAGGCGUUUGAGCACGUCUUGACCGACCAACAAGCCAGUUUGGUCAAAGAAUUGGACGGACCCAAUUUGCAAAUACUGAAGGUUGUCAAAGAUCAGAACGGCAACCAUGUUGUGCAAAAGGCCAUCGAGCGGAUACCAGGUGAACAUAUUCAAUUUAUUGUCGACGCUCACAGAGGCCAGAUGGCGAAGAUGUCAACACACCAGUAUGGCUGUCGGGUGGUUCAACGAAUGCUGGAACAUUGUCAGCCACCCGCCAAACGGGUCAUUCUGGACGAGCUUCUGGAACACAUUCUACCACUCAUCAGCGACUCAUAUGGGAAUUAUGUUGUGCAGCAUAUUAUUCAGAACGGUGAGCUGCAGGACCGCCGCCAGGUUGUUAAUAUCGUCCUCCAACAACUCCUCGCAUUUUCCAAACACAAAUUUGCCAGCAAUAUUGUCGAAAAGAGCAUUGAUUGUGCAGAUGAGGAUCAACGCGUACAGAUUCUUCGUGGUUUGACAGCACCGAAUGAGCAGGGCGUCACUCCAGUCCUCGGACUAAUGAGAGACCAAUAUGGCAACUAUGUCUUGCAAAAGGUGUUUGGCCAGUUGCAAGGGUCUGAGCAACAGGCGUUGCGAGCGGACAUGGAGCAGAACUAUCCUGUUCUUCGACGUACCAGUUAUGGGAAGCAGGUGACGGCGAUUGAGAAGCUUCUGUUUGGAGGCAAUGGCCCAUUGACCACUUCAACCACCAGUAGCCGCAGCUCAACACUACCUAGUACGAAUGCAAGCAGCACCAUCGAUGGCGAUACGCCUCCAUCUGCCUCGGAAAAAUAG